AGACAUGAUGCCUGCUGUCUUCCUGGUCAUCCUGUGCUUUGGAGUGGCCUCAGGUGCUCCAGCACUUGAUCCUAGUUUGGAUGCUGAAUGGCAAGAGUGGAAGAUAAAAUAUGGAAAAUCAUACAUCCUGGUUGAAGAAGCACAGAAGAGAGCAGUAUGGGAAAAAAACAUGAAGAUGAUCAAAAUGCACAAUGAUGAGAAAGGCCUGGGGAAGCAUGGCUUCACCAUGGAAAUGAAUGCCUUUGGUGACAUGACUGCUAAGGAAUACAGAAAAUUGAUGACUGAUAUUCCAGUUCCGGCUGCCAUGACAGUGAAAAAUGUUCAGAAACCUCUAGCUAGUGAAUUCCCCAGUUUUGUGGAUUGGAGAGAGAAAGGCUAUGUGACUCCUGUACGGAACCAGGGUAACUGUGGUUCUUGCUGGGCUUUUGCUGCAACUGGUGCCAUAGAAGGACAGAUGUUCUGGAAAACUGGCAACCUGACCCUUCUGAGUGUGCAAAACCUAGUAGACUGUUCUAAACCUCAAGGCAAUAAUGGCUGUAGUAAUGGUACUGCAUACAAUGCCUACAAGUAUGUUUUGGACAAUAAAGGUCUGGAGGCUGAGGCAACCUAUCCAUAUGAGGCAAAAGAAGGACCUUGCAGGUACCAUCCUGAGAACUCCAGUGCUUAUAUAGUAGAUUUUGUGUCCCUCCCAGCAAAUGAGGAUUACCUACUGAUUGCUGUAGCAAAUAUAGGGCCUAUCUCUGCUGCAGUUGAUGCUUCUCAUGAUUCUUUCAGAUUCUACAAAGGAGGUAUUUAUCAUGAGCCAAACUGCAGCAGUUAUUCUGUGAAUCAUGCAGUUCUGGUGGUUGGCUAUGGAUCUGAGGGAAAUGAAAAAGAUGGCGAAAGCUAUUGGCUGAUCAAGAACAGCUGGGGUGAUGAAUGGGGCAUAGAGGGCUACAUGAAGAUUGCCAAAGAUCGCAACAACCACUGUGCAAUUGCUUCAUACGCUGCCUACCCCGACAUAUUCUAAACUGCCUGGUGGCCACAAGGGAAGACUGGCAGAGAAAGUAUCCAGUGGAGUGAGUGCCCUCCACUUCACAGUGACCAGCUUGUGCUGAGUGUGUUCAGUAGUUGAAUUCCUGAAGAGCUACAUUGCAAUGUGGAUUCUGGAACCUGCUCACUCUCUUUCAGCAUGGCACCUACUGUAAC